AAUAGGAGAAGAGGAAGAAGUAAAUAAUGUGUAGUUCGCAGGGAUUACAGUACGUUCAAGGUUGCCCGGGUCAAGUGGAAGAGAAGAGGAAGAAGGAAAUGAUGCAGGGCUUACAGUUUGUCCAAAGCUUUCAGGGCUUAGAGUAUGGUGAAAGUUUCCAUGAUCAACCGGAGGAGAAAGGAAAGAAGGAAAUAAUAAGCUGCUUGCAGGAAAUUUCAGAGGAGAAAAGAAAGAAGGAAAUAAUGAGCUGCUUGCAGGAAAUUUCAGAGGAGACGAGGAAGAACGAAAUAAAGGGAUUCAAAAAAUCUCAAAGUUUUUCCAGUCUACUGGAAGAGAAGAAGAAAAAGGAAAUAAUGGGUGGUUUGCAGGGCUUUCAGCGUGCUCUAAGCUUCCACGGUCGAAAGAUGUGGAAGAAAGAAAUAAUGGGCAGUAUGCCAAACUUACAGAUUCCUCGAAGUUUUGCAGGUCUAUCAAAGGAGAAGCUGAAGAAGGAAAUAAAAGGAGGCUGGCGACGCUUACAGUAUGCUCAAAGUUUCCAGAUUAGAACAGACAAGAGGAAGAAAGAAACAACAGGCGGUUUGCAGGGUUUACAGUAUGCCCUAAGUUUCCAGGAUCGCCCUUCCUCGUCGACAAAAAACUCUGCAAUUGACGCCGACUUGGAAAUCCAUCUCUGCGCAGAACUCCAGCGGCUGCAAGAGUUUGGGAACUAUCUGAGCGCCGGCUGGCUCCGGCAGGCGCUGGAUCUGUGCCUGUCAAUGCACAGAGAGGUCCAAGCUAUUUUUCCCCAAAUCGGCCAGAAUUCAAAGUGGAUGGAUGAAACCCUAGAUGACAUGGUGAAGCUCCUUGAUGUAUGCAAUGCUCUGCGCGUGAAAAUGAGAGACAUGAAGGAGUACCAGGAAAAGCUUCACCUUGUGCUUCAUUGCUUUAAUGGCCCCCUCGGCACCUGGCAGCUGGUCAGGGCCCGAACGGCUCUCAGCAAUUUAUCUCAGUCGGCGGCCAAAGCUCAGAGCAUAUCUCUGAUGGAGAAUUGCAGCUCCAUUUUGCGGCGCAUGAGCGAAAAACGGGUGGCUUCCUCUGCAGGAGGUAGAUUAAUGGAACCAAUCUUUGCGGCCAAGGAUCUCACCAUUUUUAUCUGUGGCCUUCUCAUCGCCGCCCUUUCGAGCAAGUCAAGGUGCUCCCUUCCGCUGCCCUGCGCCGGGCACUCCCCCUGGGCCUCCGAUUUUCAAGCCCUUUACUUUAAAGUGAAGAAAGAGGUGGAAAGGCGCAGUAAAAAGGGCACCUUUCGCGCUUUUCUCAACGAGCUGCAUAAAGUGGAUUCAUCUUCCCAGGCUCUGUACGAUCUGCUAGUAAAUUGCAAGUCCAUACUGGUUGAUGAAACACAGGAUUUGGAAUUGAGGCAUUCGGUGAUGUGUUUAAAGAAUUCUAUCGCAGAAUUGGAAGACGGCAUGGCUCCCAUAGAAAUUCAGAUUAACGAACUGUUCAGAGUUGUGGUAGCCGACAGGAUGGCUCUGCUGGAUGCUCUCACUUAUUCUUCCUAGGGUAAUAUACUAAGGUAUGGAACAAAAUGGUUUGACAAACUUUCUUAUUUGAGGUGGUAGUUUAAUCUACAUUUUAGAACACUGGUAUGCUUUUGUUUUCGUUAUACUGCAUUCCAACUACUAUUAAUUUCAAACAUGUAUGUUAAUAGUAACUGUGAAUAGUUUU